UAGCAACGACUGUAGAAGACACACGUUUAUCAUAACCCGUCCAAGCUAAUUAGUGAGUCGUGUAUCAUUCGUUCAAAAUAACUAGCUAUUGAUAUAAUAACCGUCCACAAUGAGUGGUUUCGCAUGGGUAACUUUAGCUACUAAUGAUUCAUAUUGUCUUGGAGCUCUUGUACUGGCUCAUUCUUUGAAACGUGUUGAAACCAAACAUGAUAUUGCAGUACUUAUUACUCCAGGUGUAACUACACCCAUGAGGGAAAAAUUAUCAUCAGUGUUCAAUUUAGUCAAAGAAGUCAAUGUUCUCGACUCGCAAGAUGAAACUAAUCUAGCUCUGCUUGCUAGACCAGAAUUAGGAAUUACAUUUACUAAAUUACAUUGUUGGAGAUUGACAGAAUAUGAAAAAUGUGUUUUCGUGGAUGCUGAUACUCUCGUAAUUCGUAACUGUGAUGAGCUUUUCGAUCGUGAAGAGCUUUCAGCAGCACCAGAUGUUGGCUGGCCGGAUUGCUUUAACUCCGGAGUUUUUGUCUUCAAACCAUCACAGCAAACAUUUGCGUCAUUAACAUCUUUCGCUGCAGCAAGGGGAUCUUUUGAUGGAGGUGAUCAAGGUCUCUUGAAUCUAUUCUUCAGUGAUUGGGCUCAUAAAGAUAUCUCGAAACAUUUGCCUUUUAUUUAUAAUAUGUGUUCCACUGCUAGUUAUUCUUAUUUACCAGCCUACAAACAAUUUGGAGGAGAUGUAAAGAUCAUCCACUUCAUUGGUAACUCAAAGCCAUGGCUUCAAUACUUCGACACACAAUCAGGUCAAGUUCACCCAACAUCUGAACUAGGACAUCUUCAAUCACUCCUUCAACAUUGGUGGGAUAUCUUUUGUGAAAACGUACAUCCCCAAUUAUCGUCAGCUAUGGUUAGCAGGAUUUUGGCACCAUGUGAGAACAAUUUUUUCCCUCCUGAAUCUUCAAAUCCAUCGUUUCCUCAUACAUCGAAUCAUGUAUGUCAUACAUCGACAGACGAAACAUUUGACGAAGUUGAUGUUCUUCCAAAUUUUUCAGAAUUUAAAGAUCCUUGGGAAAAUUAUGUAGAGCAUUCGAAUCAUAAUGAAAACAAUCACCCAAAUGAAAUAAAUCAUGAUAAUAUCAAUAGUCAUAAUCAUGAUGAUAACAAUUGUCCCUUUCCACCUCAAAAUUAUCAAAUACAAUAUUGUUUGAUAGAAAAUGAUAAUUCGCUAAAUAAUAUCAUCAAUGACUUCAAAAAUGAGAACUUUCAUGGAAAGAUCAGUAAUUUAAUUACUAACAAUAAUAAUCAUUUCAAUUUUAAUCAUGAAGAUAACUUUGAUGAUAAGAAAAGUGAACAGAUCAAUAAAACAUUUACUGACCAUGUGUCUGAAAAUUUUUUCUUAAACGUAGGAAAUAGACAAUUGCAGGAUAACGAUUGUAAUAAUGAAAAUACAAAUAAUAUUGAAGCUUAUUAUGAUCAUAAAUCACCAAUACAUCAGUCAAAUUAUGUAAAUUUUAGGAACGAACAAAAUUAUUCCAAUCAAAAUGAUAAUAAUUGUAACAUGUUACAAAUAGAACCCCUAGAACGAGAACAGUUAAAGUUGAAUAAUUUAACAGAAGUGAUAACACAAAACCCAGAAAGUCUAAACCAUGUUGAAAAGGUGAUAGAAUGUAAUGAAUUAGUACUAGACAGUGAUUCCCAUCCCAACUCCUGCACAGACCUCCAAAGUAUUGCAAGUCAAUCACAAAUGAAUAGUAUGGACGAGAUUGAUUCUGCUGGAAUUGCUGGUGCAUUAUCCAAACUUAUUCUUGGAGAGCCAAGAUCACCAGAGCAAAUGAUCUACGAGGAUCAUGUUAGGAAGCAAAGUUGGGAACAAGGACAGAUCGAUUACAUGGGUCGAGAUAGCUUCGAUAAUAUUUGGAAGAAAAUCUGUACCACGUUGUCAACUACUCCUGAAGAGAAACCUCAAUUAAAAGAAAAGGCAUUGCCUGAAUCAGAAGAAGAAAAGGUACCAUCAUCAGAUGUUCCAAAGGUACCUUUAAAGGCUGUACCUGAUUCAAGUGAUACGACAACUGAAGAUAAAUCAGCAAUAGAAGCCAAACUACAAGAUGCCAUAACGGAUUCUCAUUCAAAACAAACCGAUAAAAACAUUAGUGACGUAGUUUCUGUAAGCAGCGCAAUACCAAGUGGAGAAUUGAAGCAAUUUCCAGAAAGAAAAAUUCAAGAAGCUGCAUUUUCUUCCACUCCAACUUCUCCAUUAUCUCCAGAAACGUGUGAAAGAAAAACCGAACCUAUUCUAGCUCUUAAAUCUCCUCCUCCGCAAUUGUGUAUCAAAGAAUUUGGAGAGAAAAUGACGAGUGAAGUUAAAGAAUCCGCGGAAAUUAGAGAAAAAUCAAAAGAAGAAGAAAAUAAAUCAGCAAGUGUUACUCCUUUGAGUUGUCCGAUGUCUAAACCAAAAACUCCUGUUGAAGAAUCAACUAUUGAAAGUCCAGUUCCUAUUCAAGUAGCAGAAUCAGUUUUAGAGGCAGAUAUUAAAGAAUCUGUAUCAGAAGAUGUGAAACCAGUAAGAGAAGAAGCUAUUUCUUCGACUUCAGCAUCAGUUCAAGAAACUAUUUCUGCUGUUGUUCAAACUCCUCUUGAACCACUAGCUAUGUUAUCUCAAUCAAUUGCAGUUCCACCACCACAACCUAAUGGAUCAGCCUUAGAUAUUGAUCCUAAUUUUGCUAUGAAAAAAGAACCUUUACGUGCACAAGUUCCAUCAGAAUCAAUUGUUACAUCAACAUCGCCUGUAAGUGAGUCCAGAUCAGCACCAUCACUCCAAGAUACUCCGACCACUAGACAAGAGACUAAAAAAGAAACAAAAGUUGAUGAUGUACCUGAUGUUCCUAAAGUUUGUCGAAAACAAUCAAGUGUGGCAAGUACAACAGAUAUUGGACCAACAAAAGUACCUGAACCAGUGCUUCAAGAAUCAAAUAAAUUAACGAAUAAAGAAUCACCUAAAGUUCAAUUGAAAGAAAUAAAAUCAGAUGAGUCUUCAACUUCAGAAGCAUCAAAACCUGACGAUUCAGCUAUAAAAGUAACAGAACAACCAGCUGAAGAAACGAAACCAAAUGUGCCUACUGCUUCAGAAAAAACUGAGCCUGCAUGUCCACGAAAACCACAAGACCCUGCAAAACCAACACGAAGUAAAGAACUUAAAAUCCCGGGAACCCCAAUUGUAACUGAAGCAACGCCACCUACUAGUCCUCCAAUAGAAGCUGGAGCAAGUUUGACAGAAGAACCGAAACCGGUGAAGAAAGUGACUAAGAAGGUGACUAAAAAAGGAUCAGAAGAUAAGCCAGAGAAAAGUGAAGGAGAAGAAGGUAAAAAAGGUGCCAAAAAAGUUGUUAAAAAAGUGAUGAAGAAGCCUAAAGAUGGAGAAGAAGAGGCUGAAAGUAGUGUUACUGGAGAGAAACCAAAAAAAGUUGUUAAAACUGUGAAAAAAACAACUAAACUACCAAGUCAAACCUUGGAAGCUGAUGCAUCUGUUCCUGAUACUCCACCACCAACUACUUCAGACACGCCAGUACCACCGAAGAGAAAAGUUAAAUCCACUACUACCAAAACGUCAAAGAAAUCUGAAUCAGAGUCAUAAUUGACUCUACAUUAUUGAUGUUAUUCAAGUGUUUAAAUAAAUUGAAGUAAGAUUUAACGUAAUUAAGAAUUAUUAAUUUAAAUAUUUUUUUACUUAUUUCUAAAUUAUACUAUGUAUUAUAAAAUUUUUAGAGAAAUUUUAUUGAAAGAUGAAAAGAAUCUAAUAAAUUUUCGAUAUCUUACUUCAAUUUUUUUCAUGUUAUCAUUGUUUUUGCAUUUCAUAUGAUAUAAAUAAUAACAAAAAUACCAAUCCUACAUUGCAAAUCUUUAUGUAUUCAAAGGGUUUAAUACUUAAAUUAAUUUGUAUCAUCAUUUUAUUACGUUCACUUUUUUCACGGCAAUCAUGAAAACUAUUUAUGAAUAUUUUAAAUAUUCUGUGCAAUAUUUAAGCAUUAAAGAAAUUAUUUGAGAAAUGGUAAACAUUUAGUAUGUUAAGAUCUGCAGUGUCGGUAAGAUUUUUUGGAGAGCUUUUGCCUAGUCGCUGUUUUGUUUUUGUAUUUUCUUUAUAAAUAUAACUAAUUUUUAUUCUAAAUCCAGACUGAACUAAUAAAAAGUGUUUUCUAGACUCUUAAGAUCACUAGUUAUAUCAUUAAUUUUAAUAUUUCAAUUUAUAAAAGCAUAACAGAACUUAAUUUUACUUUUAUUCAUGCACUGUCUGAUGUUUUAUUGAUU